GGUGUGAGUGUGCAUAACUUUUACUACUGGGAAGGUUUAGACAACACAGGAGUUCCUACAAAGAUCAUGAACAUCAAAUGUUCAGUGCAGAUCACAACACACAAUCCUUCUACAUUCUUGGGUAUUCACGUCAGCUCCUCUCCUAUAAAACUCAUCUACUCUCGUCGAUUCACUUUUGCCACUGCACAAUUAAAUAGUUAUUACCAACCAAAACAAAGCAACCACACGUCUAGGAUCGACCUCGUUGGCUCCAUGGUUCCACUCUACGGUGCAGGAGCGGACAUAGCUGCUUCAGGCAACAAUGGCGGAGUUCCUACCCCAAACUACACCAUCCUCACCGAGUCGCGUCUCUCUUCUUCAAGCCGCACGUCCAAUGGGACAAGCGGUGUGGGAUUCCGGUGGAAAGGGAGCUCCCGGAGGAGAGACAUGUAUUGGCUGGAGAGGCAUUACACGAUUGACGAAGAGGAAGUUUAUGAAGAUAACAGAGGACUAUCGGUUGGACAAUGCAGAGCGGUUAUGGUAAUAUUGGGGAUUGUGGUUGUGUUCUCUGUUUUCUGCUCUGUUUUGUGGGGAGCUUCUCAUCCUUUCUCUCCUAUUGUCUCUGUCAAGAGCUUUAGCCUCCAUAGCUUUUAUUACGGAGAGGGAAUAGACAGAACAGGUGUUGCGACCAAGAUUCUGAGCUUUAACAGCUCUGUGAAGGUGACAAUAGACAGUCCUGCUCCUUACUUUGGCAUCCAUGUCUCUUCUUCUUCUACCUUCAACCUCACCUUCUCUGCUCUCACUCUCGCCACUGGUCAGCUUAAGAGUUAUUACCAACCAAGAAAGAGCAAGCACACAGCGAUUGUGAAGCUCAUUGGGUCCGAGGUUCCUCUGUAUGGAGCAGGACCAAACUUAGCGGCAUCCGACAAGAAGGGAAGAGUUCCAGUGAAGUUGGAGUUUGAGAUCAGAUCGCAAGGGAAUCUUUUGGGGAAGCUGGUGAAGUCGAAUCACUUGAACCACAUCUCCUGCUCUUUCUAUAUCUCUUCCUCCAAAACCUCAAAACCCAUAGAAUUCACUCAUAAGACCUGUAAACACAUUAGCAAGUGAAACACCUUCUACACUUUGCAAAUAAGAACAUUUAUUUGUUUUUUUGUUUUUGGGUUUUAAUCUGCAAUCUAAUUCCAAGUGUUCAAUC